AUGGCGGACCCACCCACGGGGGCUCCCGAGCCCCUUACCACAAACACGCAGAAAGGAACAAGGAUCGACGAACAGGAAAACCUUGAACCAACGACCGCAGUCCAGACUAGCAAACGUAAGCGGACGGGUGACAACCAAAGAGAUUCAGCAUAUUAUCGAACACCUACAACACACUAUCGACGAGCAAACUACCCUCAUACAAGUCACUCGGGCCGAACUGAGAGGACACGCUCCUGGGCGGCCGUUGCAUCCGGUACAGACAAACUACAACCCCGGGAGAACCACCGACGGAACUACAAAGACAAGAACUGCGUCCGCAUCAGCACCGGACAGUCUCUCACCGAAUCACUGGACACGGAAGCUACUGGAAACGCAUUUGGUCGCUACCUCCAGACCGUGGCUGCAAACUCCCAUGUCAGGACGGCGCUAUCGAAGACACAAGCCACCCAGGAUGUCCAAGCGUCGGCCGAAGCGGCCCGCAACAACACCGAGUGGCUGACCGAGUUAGGCAAUGACACGAGACUGGUGAAGGCACGAUUCGGAGUAACUGUCCACCAUAUCCCGACCUUUGGGUUGGACCUCGAAAGAAGAAACACUGAAGCCAUUGAAAAGAUCACAAACGAGAACGACCUCACAGACCGCGGUUUUCGAAUCGAGGACAUCGCCUGGCUGAAGAAAAGGGCCAAAGAAUUGGGAACGUUUGCCUCGAUGGACAUCAGGUUUGAUUCAUUAGAGGCAGCGGAGUGGAUGCUCAACAAUGGGCUAUUGAUCGAUCAACGGUACAUUGGAAGAGUAGAAAAGUGUGAGAUCAAAAAGAAGCGGUGCUUCCGAUGCCAAGGCCACGGUGCCCCUAUCAGAAUGUUAGAGAACAACCUCCGAAUCCUACAACUGAACAUCAUGAAAUCGAGGGCAGGCAUGGAAGCUCUUAUCAACGGUCAUCAAAGUCAGAACCCGGACAUACUCCUUAUCCAGGAACCGUCAAUUACCGCGUACCGAACACACGUGAACCACAGCGCAUGGCGACUAUACCAACCAACCGUGGAGAGCGACUCGGCUCGAUUCCGAAGUCUCAUCUACGUUAACCGCAAACUUUCAACCUCCUCCCACCGGCAAGUGAGAUGCAACCAUCCAGAUUUGACAGCGAUCAAGAUCUGGACGGCCGACUCCCAGUUUCUGAUCUUCUCGGUUUACAUCCCGCCCGUACCGAGGCAGACGCCUGAUGAAGCAUCGGCGGAGACGACUCUAUCGGCGAUCCACGACACGAUCCUAAACACCUCGCAAAACGAUAACUACGAUUUGGAUCUGGAUCUUGAAUCAAUUUGGAGAGAAUUCCCCAAUAUACCGACACCGCCGCCUUGCCUCGCAGAAAGCCAUGGCACCCUGUGCUCAAACCAGCCACUCAGGGAAUGGUUGGAGUAUACUCAGCAUGCGCAUAAGAGGACUUCUGCCAUUGAAUGUGUCUUCUAUCCCAGCUACGAGAACGUCCGCUCCUUCAGCUGGACGGGGCCGGAUCCGUUAUCCCAAGACACCUGUGCCGAUGAUAUUUUCCUUUAUGAAGCUCAGUACGGAAACCGGAGAGGCCGUCGAAGAGUAUCCGUUCUUUCUUCCACGAGUUGA